AUGGGCUCUAACAAACCCCGCGGAUUACAAGCCGCGCGCAAGCUGCGCAACGACCGCCGCGAAAAUCGCUGGGCGGAUAAGGCGUACAAGAAACGUGCUCUCGGUAACAUAUAUAAGACUUCUCCUACUGGAGGUUCGUCGCACGCAAAGGGCAUCGUACUCGAGAAAGUCGGCGUUGAGGCCAAGCAGCCCAACUCGGCCAUUCGCAAGUGCGUUCGUGUCCAGCUGAUCAAGAAUGGCAAGAAGGUCACCGCGUUUGUGCCGAACGACGGUUGCCUGAACUUCGUCGACGAGAACGACGAGGUCCUCAUCUCCGGUUUCGGUCGCUCUGGCAAGGCCAAGGGUGAUAUUCCGGGUGUUCGAUUCAAGGUUGUGAAGGUGUCUGGUGUCGGUCUGCUCGCACUCUGGAAGGAGAAAAAGGAGAAGCCCAGGUCUUAA